GAAAACCGGAGCCCGCCUCAGCGCGGCCUCCGCUGAGGGAGCCCCGCUUCGGCCCAGCCUCCUCCGGCCAUGGCCAAGCGGGGGUCGGUCCCGGCCUUCCUGGGGAGGGCCCUGCUCACCCUGGGCCUCGUCCUCUUCUACUACUGCUUCUCCAUCGGCAUCACCUUCUACAACAAGUGGCUGAUGAAGAGCUUCCACUUCCCGCUGUUCAUGACGCUGCUGCACCUGGCCGUCAUCUUCGCCUCGUCGGCCCUGGCCCGGGCGGCGCUCGGCUGCCUCCACGCGCGGGCCCGCGUCGUCCUCAGCUGGCCCGUCUACCUCCGGAGGGUGGCCCCCACAGCCCUGGCGACGGUGCUGGACGUGGGACUGUCCAAUUGGAGCUUCCUCUACAUCACCGUCUCCCUGUAUACCAUGACCAAGUCCUCCGCCGUCCUCUUCAUCCUCAUGUUCUCCCUCAUCUUCAGGCUGGAGGAGCUGCGAGCGGGCCUGGUCCUGGUGGUGGUCCUGGUGGCCGGCGGGCUGUUCCUCUUCACGUACAAAUCCACCCAGUUCGACGCGGAAGGCUUCGCCCUGGUCCUGGCCGCCUCCUUCGUCGGCGGGGUGCGCUGGACCCUCACCCAGAUGCUCCUGCAGAAAGCCGAGCUGGGCCUCCAGAACCCCAUCGACACCAUGUUCCACCUUCAACCCCUCAUGUUCCUCGGCCUCUUCCCGCUCUUCGCCGCCGUCGAAGGUCUGCCCCUGUCGACGUCGAGGAAGCUGUUCCGGGCGGAGGGGGCCGGAGCCCUGGCGGGGGUCCUGGGCGCCCUCCUGGGCGGGGGGCUGCUCGCCUUCGGCCUCGGUUUCUCCGAGUUCCUCCUCGUGUCCCGCACCUCCAGCCUCACCCUCUCCAUCGCGGGCAUCUUCAAGUGUGCACGCUGCUGUUGGCGGCCCACUGGCUGGGGGACCAGAUCCACCUCCUCAACUGGCUGGGCUUCGCCGUCUGCCUGGCGGGGAUCUCCCUGCACGUCACCCUCAAGGCCCUCUCCUCCAAAGGUGCCCCGGGCCCCCGGGGGGCGUCCAAAGGAGCCCGCGCCGACCCGGACUUGGAGCUGCGGCUGCUGCGGAGGCCCGGGGGCCCGGACGACGAGGACGACGACGACGACGACGACGACGACGACCCGCGCGACGGGCCCGCCGGCCGCCCCUGACCCCCCGGGAGCCGAAGGACGCGAGUGCUAAUCUCGCCCCCGCCGCCCGUCGUCGUCCCCUGGGCCUCAGUUCCCUCAUCUGUCAAAUGGGGGGGAAGGCCGGGAGCCCCCCGGGGGACAACCCG